AUGAAGCAAACAAAGUUGUUCCGGAUACUUUUCCUGGCGACCUAUACGCUACUGAAAAUGUACGGAUUUCUACCACUGAAAUUCGAUCGCAAAUCGAAUCGCUUUAGAGAAAGUGCCAUAUGUCUCUAUUAUUCCGUGUCUUUCCUGGUUAUGUACAUCUGGGGCAUAGGCUGCGUAUAUCUCAUCGCCAUCCAUGUCAUACAUCAUGAAGAAUCGCUGCAUAACGUAUUUAUGCGAUUUCAAUUCGGUCUGAAUUACUGUUUCCUGGUGGUUGCGAUUGCGGUGAUCAUCGGUCGUAGAAAUACGCUGAACCAGUUACUAAACACCUUAAUACUAUUGUUGGAAAUGUCAGGAUGUGGCUGCCAUGUUCGAAACGAUUAUAAACUGUUGAAACGUUACAGCCGCAAAGUAUUAUUUGUGGAUUUUAUUUUGGAAAUAAUUAUCUGCCUGAGCUAUUAUUUGACUGGACCAGAUGAAUUGAUUGGCGUCUUGACCGGAGUGAACUUCUUUUUCAUGUGGUCGAUAGCAAUAUUCGCUAGUGGUUUCGUGUCGUUAUGCUUUGUGGUGGCUCAUAUAUAUCGAAUGAUCAAUUGGAGGAUAGACAGAGCUAUCCAAGUCUUAUGUGAUAUUGAGAAAGAAACUCAAAAUUUUAACUUACAUCCCACUAAAAAGAAACUAAUUUGUUUGCAUGUUCUAAAAGAAUUGAACGAACUGGCCUAUUUACAUAGGAAUGUAAAUUUGACUGUGAAGGGAAUAGUUCACCUGGUUGAUGGGCCUCUGCUUCUUACCUUCAUAUGGUAUUUUUUGAUUGUAACUUUUGGGGUUUUCUAUUCAUACACGGCUUUGGUGCACGAUAUCCGGAAAGGGCUAAGACCACCUCUUAUGAAAUAUGCACAUACGUUUGGUGUAGCUGCUUUUCAUUGCUGCCAGUUUUAUUACGUUGUGUCCAGUGCUGGCUUGCUGGUCAAGCGAGCUGAAAAAACAGGAGUACUGUUGAAUCGACUGUACAAGUCUGAGGUAGACGAGAGAGUGCAACAAACGAUAAACUUGUUUUCCUUAGAGCUGCUACAUAACUCGUUUGCGUUGGAAAAUUUGGGAAUGUUCAAAAUAAAUUAUAAUCUAAUGUAUUCGGUGGCAGCCACGAUAGCUACUUCUUUGAUUGUGGUGAUUCAAUUCCAAUUAUCACACUGAAUCGAAUUUAUUGGCGAAAAAGUGAACACAACAGUCCUAGGAGUCCUAGGAUUCAACUACACAAUAGUAUAGCAAAAUUGUAAUUCUUGUAAUUGUAAUAAUAAACGGAACUCAUCGUGACUUGUCGGUAUCAUCGUAAUUAAUUGAAGACCAUCAGCGGAUCACACGAUUAGCAAGUUAUAUUUGACAAAUAAUUCGGUAAUUAGGUAUUUGUCUCGAUAUUGAAAAUGCAUCAGUUCGCUUUUUAAUUUCUGGAGUUAAGACUUACACAUUAAACUGACACAGUAUAUAGCCCACAAAGAUAAUCAAAUUAUUUUAAGCAGUGAAAAUAAAAUUACUCUUCAGUUAGUAGAAAUUAUGGUUUUGGCCGAUAUGUUUAAUUGUUGUCAGGGGGAUUUUGUGAGACCAAACAUUCUGAAACUUGACUGCAACAUUAUACGAUGAAGAAUAAAUCUUCAUGACAGGGUUUGACAAAGACAUUAAUAAUAUUUCCAAUAUUCGAUUUUAAGUCAAUUGAGAAAAAGGUAAACGUG